UGGGAAAUGAAAUUUUUAUUUUGAACAAGGCCUCUUCUGUCUGGUCAACUGUUGUCCAAUCAGAGCACAUGAUCUGUGAACAAUUGUCCAAUCAGAGCAUCCAGUCCGUGAAUAGUUGUCCAAUCAGAAUUGUCCAUAGGCGGGUCUUCCGUUUGCUUGCGUGCCGUCGUGACUUGGAGGGAAGUUUAACAAUAACAAAACAGCGUAAUCAGACUUAUCGAUAAACUUUAAACUUUUUUAAAGCCUAAACCUCAAUGAAAUAUUCAGUUAGCAUAUUAACAGUUUACAUAAAUAUAUUAUCAGCUAGAUGUAUGAACAAGGCACAUGAUGCAGCGGAAAAGUCAACACUCGCGUAGCUCCGUAAGCUAACCUCGAUGUGAAGUUAUUGAUUCUCUGAGGACGUAAACUGGAAUAUGCUGCUCACAGUUUAGGGUGGCUUUAAACAAAUCUCGCGGGUCAUGGAUCGCAACAAUAGAAGGCUGUCCAGUCAGUUAUGUGCCGCAGUGAAAGAUGGAGAGCCCAGAUCUGUGCAGUUGCUCCUUGCAAAAGGUGCAAGUCCCGACCUGGUAGGAACCAAAGGCGUGGCUGCGAUCCACUUGGCGGUCGGUAAAGAAACUGAGAAGAACAUCCGCUGCUUAAAACUGCUACUACAGCAUGGAGCAGACCCCAACGUCAGGUCAUCUGAAGGCCUGACUCCUCUUCAUGUUGCAGCACUGUGGGGAUGUUAUCAAAAUCUCAAGUUGCUCUUAAUUAAUGGAGGGAACCCAAAUAUUAAAGAUAAUGAAGGGAACACUCCUAUGCAGCUUGCAGAGCAACAGGAAAACCAAAAAUGUGCCCAACUCCUUCAGCAUUACCAGGCUAGUUCAUCUGACGCAGAGGAGGAGGACCUGCCUCAGUUCCAGUACGCUGUGUACUCUGACCAGACUGACCUCUCCAGCUAUCCUGAAUCCAAUCACAGUUUCAGUUCCCUUUCGUCCAGGAUAAGUGAUUUUGGYGACGCUCCACUGAGCAGCACAAGGCUCUCAKCUCUUUUCAACCUGUCRAACAUCAACGGAAGACCAAGUUGCAGAGGAUUAUCGAAUAUUAACAUGGUCCAUGGUACUUCUAUGCUUUCCAGCACUCGCCUGUCUGCGGUGGGACCUGCAGUGACAAUGUCCGUUCUUAAGGAGGACCCGUUAUGUAUUGAAGGGAUGUUAGCAACAAAAGGAAAUGAAAAUGCUGCUGCAGCUAAUGGCAAAAUUUCUCCCUCCAAAACAGACACACUUCCAGAGUUUUCCUGCAGGCGAAGAACAAAUCGAAAGAGUGUAAGCUUCAGGGAUAUAGAUGAAUAUGUCCCUGUUUUCAGUCCCGAAUCCUCCAACAAAAAUACUGGUGGUGAGGGAAGYCCAUUUGUCAGCACUUUACCGUUUGACUUUUCUGAGUACUCUGACUUUCUUGAUCUAGAACGCAUGGCCACUGUUUUACCCAAGCAGAGCAUUGACGUCACGUCGCCGGAUCAYGUUUUUGUUUACUGCAGAGAGAACAGUGAGAGCACAGAGCAGGACUUGGAGAAAACUGUUGUCAGUCACUGUACUCUUGGUGUGAGUGAUGAUGAGCUGGAUGGACAAAAUGACCAGGAGCCUGUUGCCAGCAGCAGCAGUGGGACUGGUAGCAGUAAAUACAGUAGCUGUGAGAGCGACCAUUACACCAGCUGUGUGGACGAUUCUUCACACUCUGAACAUCUUUGCUUCCCUGUUGCAAGGGAGGCUUCUGCUGAGGUUGAAUCCAACAAAAGGACAACCCAGAUUUCUACAAACUCUGGUAGUGAAUUCCCAAACGAGGAUAGGAAUAAACCAGAUGCUCAAAGAGAACCUGAGAUUGGUUCAAAACUUGAGACUGCAGAGCCUUUACCUGCUCUGCUUGAUAAAYUGACCUUGUCUGAAGAAGACCACASAAAGAACAAAAUAUUUGAUGCCUGUGGUGGCUCUGCCAUGGACACUUCAAGUAAAAAAGAUGUAAAGCAAGAAUCUAAUGUCAAAUUUGAUGCAACUGAAGCGUUAGAAAAAAACGAUAGGCUCUUUUUGACACCCAGUCCUUUUGUAACUGGCAGGACGCGCUCUAGAUUGAGUCGCUGCUCCAUGAGAACUCCACAGGUAUCAGUCACCUCUUCUUUUUUUGACGAAACUCUGCCGACGCCGGUUCGAACACUCCGUCCGACACCYAAGUCCCAGAGCAGUGGACACGGGUACUACUCACCACGCACACCUGCCUAUACGUCAGAUGAUUUGAGAAGAGAUGACGAAGGAAACUCCUUGUCUUCGGAUAACCGAGACACCCAGUCCAGCACKUUUAGUCAUAGCCAAGCUGAUACGCUCAUUCUUACUAAGAGCGUAACRGACACUGUUGACCAAACGCAGACUUUGGAUGACACUGUCUUACUAGACAAGGAUCAAGAUAAUCCAUUAGAUGCUUAUGAGAAAAACUUUGCAGAGAUUGUUCUUGCUGUGCGAGGACAGGGCAUGGAUCGUUCUGAAGACAAGGMAUUUCUAACUGAUGAUCUGACUAGUGCAGACGAGGCGGCUAUGGGAAACUUGAACRAUGCCUCUGCUAAAGAACUGGAAGAUGGACUCAAAAACGAAGAUGUCCUCUUCACCGAGGACAGCAGUUCUCAGUCUGAGUCUGCRUCGUCUUCGUCGUCUUCCAGUCUUUUCUCUCCAAAGAGAUCCAGAGAGAACUCUGAUCUUCCUUGUACUCCAGGAACAGGAUGCACUCCGAGGUACAGCAUGAGCAGGCUGUCGGCCAGCCAUAGGCCCCAGCGUUUGGCAGACUUGUCUUUCACCCCUGGUGGGCGCCCGCUCACCCUAAAUCUGGACGAACCGGUGGAGUACCUUUACACUGACACGGAACAGGGCCACAAACUUAUUGAGACGCACGUCCCACCUACAACAGACACGUCCCUGAGCUCGAGCAGCACCAGCACCGAAGAGACCGUUCUCUAUGACUGGCGUUCCAUGCAAGCCGAAAUGAAGAGAAACAAAAAUAAAGAGAACCAGCAAUCUGAGAAGGUGGCAACGAAAAUGGACAAYGGUAAUUCCGACAACAAUCUGUUGCCGGAAAUAAGAGGAAUAACUGACAGGGAGUUGCGACUGAGGCUUGUGGAGCUGGGAGAGAGUCCAGGUCCCAUCAGCAGCCGAACCAGGCCCACCUACAUGAGACGGUUGUGCCGCCUUUUACAAGAAUCAAACGCCAAAACACAUCAAGACAAGACACAACUAGACAAACCACAAACAGUUAACUUAGGUUAUAGUCUGGAACUGUGUCGAGCCCUGCAGGCUUUCCAGCUGCCUAAUUGCCAGGCUGAUGAGCAGGCUUUGAGCCAGCAGUUUGACCAACCUGAUCAGAACAGGAAGUGGAGGGAGGGCAUUAUCAAGUCCAGCUUCAACUACCUACUGCUUGACCCAAGAGUGACAAAAAACCUCCCCUUCCGUAGCCACACCAUGAGUCCUCACGAGUGUUUCCAGUGUUUCAUUCAUGCUAUAUUUUAUGUGGGCAAAGGAAAACGCUCUCGGCCCUAUAGUCACCUUUACGAGGCUUUAGAAUACUACAGAGGAGACAAGAUGGCAAAGAAACUGUGCCCAAAAGUGCAGCACAUCCUCCAGGUGUGGACCGCCGGGCAGGGGGUCAUCUCUCUGCAUUGUUUCCAGAAUGUUAUUCCAGUGGAAGCUUACACCAGAGAGGCCUGCAUGGUGGAGGCCAUUGGGUUAAAGAUGCUCACCAAUCAGAAGCGUGGAGAUUUCUAUGGUGUGGCGUCCAACUGGGAGAUGAGGAGGAAACGGGAGCUCGGCAUCCACUUGUUAUAUCGGGCCAUGCAGAUCUUCCUGGCUGAGGGGGAGAGGCAGCUCAGACCAGCGGACAUCAGGCAGUAGGAAAUCGUCCAACGGCUGCACAACCCAACACUGAAAGGGCAAAUACCACUGCUCUAAAGCACAAAAAAUUACUAUUUUUUUGGUCUAAAUUUGACGUCUCAUGUUUUUCUCAAAAAUCAUCAUCUUGUUUUUUGUUAAUGAUGAAUUGCUUUACACCACAUGGAAUGUAGAACACAGGACAUGUAACAUCAGGGAUGAAAUAUAGCACUUGAAAGCAAAAUAUCAUUGUGGUUUUGUUUAGAUCUUUUGUCCAAAAGUUACGAUAAAAGAAUAAACAAUUCUAUAACCGUUAAAAAGUUAAUCAAAAUGAAAAAUAAAUCCAUCGUCCUGGAACCGGAAGGUCGCCGGUUCAAUCCUCGUCCAGUYGACUCAGUUGUGUCCUUGGGCAAGACACCUUACCCACCUUGCCUACUGAGGGUGGUCAGAGGGUCCGGUGGCGCGUGAGUAUGGCAGCCUUGCUUCUGUUAGUGUGCCCCAGGRCAGCUGUGGCUACAAUUGUAGUUUACCAUCAUCAGUGUGUGAAUGUGUGUGUGCGUGGGUGAACGUCGGUAGUGUGAAGAUAGAAAGGCACUAUAUAAGGACAGUCCAUUUACCAUUUUCCAUUCCAUACACUGAUGGGGACACACAUCAGAGGC